GGGCCCAGGGCGGGGGCGGGGCGGGGCCGCGGCUACGACUUCCAACAUGGCGCACGCUGGCGGCGGCGGCGGCGGCGGCCCCGCAGGCAGGGGGCUGAGCGGCGCCCGCUGGGGUCGCGCGGGCUCCACAGGCCACGAAAAGCUGCCGGUGCACGUGGAGGACGCCCUCACCUACCUGGACCAGGUGAAGAUCCGCUUCGGGAGCGACCCCGCCACCUACAACGGCUUCUUGGAGAUCAUGAAGGAGUUCAAAAGCCAGAGCAUUGAUACUCCUGGGGUCAUCCGACGUGUGUCGCAGCUCUUCCAUGAACAUCCUGAUCUCAUUGUCGGAUUCAAUGCUUUCCUUCCCCUCGGAUACAGAAUAGACAUUCCCAAGAAUGGCAAGCUAAACAUCCAGUCACCUCUGUCGAGCCAGGAGAAUUUGCACAACCACAGUGACUGUGCCGAGAACUUCAAGCAACAGAUGCUGUAUAAGGAGGACAAGCCCCAGGUGCCCUUGGAGUCGGAUUCUGUGGAGUUCAACAAUGCCAUCAGCUACGUGAACAAGAUUAAGACCCGCUUUCUAGACCAUCCAGAGAUCUACAGGUCAUUCCUGGAGAUCCUGCACACUUACCAGAUGUGUGUCAUCUGUAGCGCUGGUGCCAUGCAUGGGCCUCGUGGACUCAAGUCAGCAUUGAGAACUUCCUGCUUAAAGAUGAGUGGUUGCCAAGUAGCAGCCAUUAAACCUCAGAAAGAGCAGCUGAGCACCAAGGGCCGGCCGUUCCGAGGCAUGUCCGAAGAGGAGGUGUUCACCGAGGUGGCCAACCUCUUCCGCGGCCAGGAGGACCUGCUCUCUGAGUUUGGGCAGUUCCUGCCUGAAGCCAAGCGGUCCCUGAUACCCACCUGGGACAAGUGUCCUGACCUGUCGAUUGCUGGCCAGCGUGGAGCGUGGGAGGACCAGAGGAGAGCCCCUCAUUGUUUCACAGGAAAUGGGCCAUGUGAAAUGAACAGUGUCCAGAAGAGUGAGCACGAGAAGAGUCUGGAACACAGUAAAAAGCGCACUCGGCCCUCACUCCUCCGUCCCGUGUCUGCACCAGCCAAGAAGAAAAUGAAACUCCGUGGUACCAAAGACCUGUCCAUCGCUGCUGUGGGCAAGUACGGCGCCCUGCAGGAGUUCUCCUUCUUUGACAAGGUGCGCCGGCUGCUGCAGAGCCAGGAGGUCUACGAGAACUUCCUCCGCUGCAUCGCGCUCUUCAACCAGGAGCUCGUGUCCGGCUCUGAGCUUCUCCAGCUUGUCAGCCCGUUCCUAGGGAAAUUUCCAGAACUCUUUGCACAAUUCAAGUCCUUCCUGGGUGUGAAAGAGCUGUCAUUCGCCCCACCCAUGAGCGACAGGUCUGGGGAUGGAAUAAGCCGGGAAAUUGACUACGCAUCUUGCAAGCGCAUUGGAUCCAGCUACCGGGCACUCCCUAAAACCUACCAGCAGCCCAAGUGCAGUGGGCGGACUGCCAUCUGCAAGGAGGUGCUGAACGAUACCUGGGUCUCCUUCCCGUCCUGGUCGGAGGAUUCCACCUUCGUCAGUUCCAAGAAGACGCCCUACGAGGAGCAGCUGCACCGCUGUGAGGACGAGCGUUUUGAGUUAGAUGUUGUCCUGGAGACCAACCUGGCCACGAUCCGUGUGUUGGAAAGCGUACAGAAGAAGCUCUCCCGGAUGGCACCCGAAGACCAGGAGAAGUUCCGGCUGGAUGACUGCCUGGGGGGCACAUCAGAGGUGAUCCAGCGCCGUGCCAUCCACCGCAUUUAUGGCGACAAGGCCCCGGAGAUCAUUGAGAGCCUCAAGAGAAACCCCAUCACCGCUGUCCCCGUGGUCCUGAAGAGGCUGAAGGCCAAGGAGGAGGAGUGGCGGGAGGCCCAGCAGGGCUUCAACAAGGUCUGGCGGGAGCAGUACGAGAAGGCCUACCUCAAGUCUCUGGACCAUCAGGCCGUGAACUUCAAGCAGAACGACACCAAGGCCCUUCGCUCCAAGAGUUUGCUCAACGAGAUCGAGAGCGUCUAUGACGAGCACCAGGAGCAGCACUCGGAGGGCCGGAGUGCUCCCUCCAGUGAGCCGCACCUCAUCUUCGUGUACGAGGACAGGCAGGUCCUGGAGGACGCGGCCACGCUCAUCAGCUACUACGUGAAGCGGCAGCCCGCCAUCCAGAAGGAAGACCAGGGCACCAUCCACCAGCUGCUGCACCAGUUCGUGCCCAGCCUCUUCUUCUCUCAGCAGCUGGACCUGGGGGCAUCCGAGGACUCAGCCGACGAGGGUCGGGGCAGCCCCCCGGGCCAGGGAGCAGACCCUGGCGACCGGAAGAAGCUGGUGCCUGCGCCGCAGGGUACCCCCCCAGAGGAGAAGGGGGCCACGGGUGAGGUGCCCGUGGCCGAGCAGCCGCCACAGCCGCACAAGCCCCUGGAUGAUGUCUAUAGCCUCUUCUUUGCCAACAAUAACUGGUACUUCUUCCUGCGGCUCCACCAGACCCUGUGCUCCAGGCUCCUGAAGAUCUACCGCCAGGCACAGAAGCAGCUGCUGGAGCGCCGGACUGAGACAGAGCGAGAGAAGCUGCUGUGUGAGGGCCGCCGGGAGAAGGGCGGCGGCCCGGCCAUGGAGCUGCGGCUCCGGCAGCCCAGUGAGGUGGAGCUGGAGGAAUACUACCCGGCCUUCCUGGACAUGGUGCGGAGCCUGCUGGAGGGCAGCAUCGACCCCACGCAGUACGAGGACGCUCUGCGGGAGAUGUUCACCAUCCACGCUUAUGUGGGCUUCACCAUGGAUAAGCUGGUGCAGAGCAUCGCCAGGCAGCUGCACCACCUCGUGAGUGAUGACGUGUGUCUGAAGGUGGUGGAGCUCUACCUGAAUGAGAAGAAACGGGGUGCUGCUGGCGGGAACCUGUCUUCCCGCUGUGUCCGUGCUGCGAGGGAGACCAGCUACCAGUGGAAGGCGGAGCGGUGCAUGGCUGACGAGAACUGCUUCAAGGUGAUGUUUCUCCAGCGUAAAGCACAGGUCAUCAUGACCAUCGAGCUCUUGGACACUGAGGAGGCCCAGACGGAGGACCCUGUGGAGGUCCAGCACCUGGCUCGGUAUGUGGAGCAGUAUGUGGGGACCGAGGGUGCAUCCAGCUCGCCCACCGAGGGCUUCCUCCUGAAGCCCGUGUUCCUGCAGAGGAACCUCAAGAAGUUCCGGCGGUGGCAGUGUGAACAGGCGCGCGCCCUGCGCGGGGAGGCCAAGAGCUCCUGGAGGCGGCUGGUCGGUGUGGAGAGCGCCUGCGACACAGACUGCCGCUUCAAGCUCGGUACCCACAAGAUGGUGUUUGUUGUCAACUCCGAGGACUACAUGUACCGCCGUGGGACCCUCUGCCGGGCCAAGCAGGUGCAGCCCCUCGUCCUGCUGCGCCACCACCAGCACUUUGAGGAGUGGCACGGCCGCUGGCUGGAGGACAAUGUGACCAUGGAGGCGGCUGGUCUGGUGCAGGACUGGCUGAUGGGUGAGGAGGACGAGGACAUGGUGCCCUGCAAGACACGCUGUGAGACGGCGCACGUGCACGGCCUGCCUGUGACCCGCUACCGAGUGCAGUACAGCCGCCGCCCAGCCUCGCCCUGAUUCGCCGGAGCGGGUACCUCCGCACAGCUUGUCGUCGCUCCCUGGGCCUCAGUGUCUGUCAGGGGCCUUUCCACGGAUAAACUGAGGGGAGCCGAGCGUCCUCCAGCCUUGUUGCUCGGGUUGUGAGCUCCACGGAGGGUGGGCUUGGGUUGGCUUGUGGCCGCACGCUGCCAUCCUACUUGGCUGCCCAGCUUCCUCUGGGCUCAGCCUGUGCCAAACCUGAGCUCCCCUGCACUUGAACUCUGGGGUUCAGUCCCUGCAUGUGGGGGGAGUCAAUGUGCUGGCCACGAAGUGAGUGAGUGUAUCAUGCACCUGCUGGGCCAAUUUUUCAUGUGCCAAGUCCCCAGGGGGGCACCUCUGGUCCUUUGGCCUACUAGGUGUCUGGAGAAGUCAGCCACACGAGGACAUACAUUUGGGAGGGGGUUGGAGUGGAGUCAGGUCUGGAGGGACCUGCUUGAAAAGCAAGCAUGUCCUUUCCAAAUGGUUCUGAGAGCUUCUGAAAUCAUUGUCCUUGCUUGGUGAUGCCUGCAUCUGGUGGCUUAGGCAUCGGCUUGGUCCAGCCAGUGCUCAGGGGCCUCCAUCACUUAGAAAUAGAGAAGAACCCUUUUAGCCAAAUAGCAGGAUUACACUGGGACGUCAAGACGUGGAGUGGGUAGGCAGCAGAACUGCCUGCAGGACCCCACUCUGGAAGAACGACCCCACACCCCAUGUUGAUCUGGCAGCCAGACUCCAGGUUCAAGAGGGGAGGGGCUCAGCCUGGCACUCCCCUGAGCUCCAGAGGUCCCCCCGGGAAGGGCCCUGGGGCUCAGCCCUGCACCUAAGGUGGAUGUUCAAGAAACAUGUAUGCACAUGCUUAUUUAUUCCUUUAUGCUCUUAGUGGUUGUACCUACUGCGACAGCGAAGUCCCUGCUUUCCAGAGGGUGAGACCCCUCUUCCUGGAUCUCUGUGCGCUCCUGACCUCGCUGGCCCUGCAUCCUCCGCCCAGGGAGCGCACGGGUGUGAGGCCAGUGUCCUGCCGAGGCUUCCAAGGCUUUCUGUGCCGAGAAUGCCAAGCAGUUCAGACCGGGGACCAGCUCUUUAUACUGCUUGCACUGUGAGAAGCCCUGGACAGGCCGACACCUCCAGACAGAGUGGAGUCUGCUGAUGGGUGGGCUGGGAGCUCCCCCAGAUGGCUUCCUCUUUGUCCAGCCACAGCCCCUAUCCUCCUGCAGCUGAGCUGUGCCAAACCCACAGUUCCAGGAAGUGGAGACAUGUUUCUAGAAGUUACCUGUGGAACUCGAGGUUUAUGAAGCCUUUGACUCUUGGCCUGGCUGAUUCCAAGGCCGGCUUGUCCCACCCAGGGUCUCCUUGACCCGGUUUUCUCAAGUGUAAUCCAGGCACUUUGUUGGCACCCUUGUUUUAUAAGAAGGGAACUGAUCACUGGCAUUCCUGGCCCAGACCCUCCUGGCAGGCAGCUGUCCUCCUCUGGGGCCUGGGGUGCAGGCCAGACCCCGCUGGGCCCCCACCCUGCAUGCCGCUGGGGAGCCUCUCUUCUGUUUUUGAAGAAUCUGUUCCAGGGCUUGUAUUUCCUUUGCAGCUGUUUUGAAUGUAGUUUUCCUUUUCUAUUUAUUUGCACAUUAAAGUUAAAAAUUAAGUAUUGACUCAAUAA